GAGUCACGUAGCUCUGCGGCAUCCUCAGCCUCAUUUACGGGAGCCAGGGCUGAAGCCGCAGCUCUCGCAGACCUGAAACCAGGCUGUUCUCACGUGCUGCCGCCGCUAACUUGCUGCUCACAGGCCGGAACUCAACCCACUGAGCCACAGAAGCCAGGGCUUGUUCCUUUCCAUCUUGAUCCUCUACUCCCAUCUCUUGACUACAGAGGCAUUGGGAGCCAUCACCAUGCCCCACUCAUACCCAGCCCUUUCUGCUGAGCAGAAAAAGGAGUUGUCUGACAUUGCCCUCCGGAUUGUGGCCCCAGGCAAAGGCAUUCUGGCCGCAGAUGAGUCUGUAGGCAGCAUGGCCAAGCGGCUAAGCCAAAUCGGGGUGGAGAACACAGAGGAGAACCGCCGUUUGUAUCGCCAGGUCCUAUUUAGCGCCGAUGACCGUGUGAAGAAGUGCAUUGGAGGUGUCAUCUUCUUUCAUGAGACACUUUACCAGAAAGAUGAUAAUGGUGUCCCCUUCGUCCGUACCAUCCAGGAUAAGGGCAUUGUCGUUGGUAUCAAGGUUGACAAAGGUGUAGUUCCUCUAGCUGGGACUGAUGGAGAAACUACCACCCAAGGGCUGGAUGGGCUCUCAGAACGCUGUGCCCAGUACAAGAAGGAUGGUGCCGACUUCGCCAAGUGGCGCUGUGUCCUGAAAAUCAGUGAGCGCACGCCCUCAGCACUUGCCGUUCUGGAGAAUGCCAAUGUGCUGGCCCGCUAUGCCAGCAUCUGCCAGCAGAAUGGCAUUGUGCCUAUUGUGGAACCUGAAAUCCUGCCUGAUGGAGACCAUGACCUCAAACGUUGCCAGUAUGUUACGGAGAAGGUUCUGGCUGCUGUGUACAAGGCUCUCAGUGACCAUCACGUGUACCUGGAAGGGACCCUGCUGAAACCCAAUAUGGUGACCCCUGGCCAUGCCUGUCCCAUUAAGUAUAGCCCAGAGGAAGUUGCCAUGGCAACUGUCACUGCCCUGCGUCGUACUGUGCCCCCAGCUGUCCCAGGAGUGACCUUCCUGUCUGGGGGUCAGAGUGAAGAGGAGGCAUCGCUCAACCUCAAUGCUAUCAACCGCUGCCCUCUUCCAAGGCCCUGGGCCCUCACCUUCUCCUAUGGGCGUGCCCUGCAGGCCUCUGCACUCAAUGCCUGGCGAGGGCAACGGGACAAUGCUGAGGCUGCCACUGAGGAGUUCGUCAAGCGGGCUGAGGUGAAUGGGCUUGCAGCCCAGGGCAAGUAUGAAGGCAGUGGAGAAGAUGGUGGAGCAGCAGCACAGUCCCUCUAUAUUGCCAACCAUGCCUACUGAGUACUCACCCCAUUCCACAGCUCUUGGCCCAGCCACCUGUAUACCCAGUUUUGCCAGUAGUUACUUACAGCCAGGGCCAAAUAGCCUUGCAGAGCAAAGAUGUCUCCAUCUAGCACUGAGUCAUCUUCCUUUUUUCUCCUCCCCUUCUCUCUCCCAUUGCUGCACCUGGGACCAUUAGAUGGGAAGGUAGGGAGCCCCUUAUGGCUGAGGGCAGGAGGACUUGCUAGAAGUCGGAACAGGAUGCCCGGGUUUCGCCCUGCCUUUGUCAGCCCUCACAAUUUCCCCAUGAUGGAGUAGCUUGUCCUUGGGCUCUCCUAGCCUGCCCUUUCUCCUGGAAUCAGAGGGUAGGACAGUAGACCUGACUUAUACCUUGGGUACAUAGCACAUAGCAAAUAAAUGAUAGCAAAAUA